AUGGCGGCGCCCAGCCCCGCGGCGGUUGCUGCUGCUGCUGCCGCCGCCGCCGAUGCCCCGGAGAACGAGAGCGGCGCCCUGGCGACCAAGCCGAAGUCCCCGGCCAUCACCCCGCAGAAGGUGCGGGAACUAAUCGACGAAGGCAUCGCCCCGGAGGAAGCCGGGCAGGACAGAAAAGAUUCUUCUGCCUUCGGUGAAGUGGCCAAUGGCUCCCCCCAGAGCAACGAACUGCAUUUUGAAUCCACUAGCAAAGAGGCUUUCUUCAACAGAGUAGAAACAUUCACCUCCCUCAAGUGGGCAGGCAAACCCCACGAGCUGUCGCCCCUGAUCUGCGCCAAGUAUGGAUGGACCAACGUGGAGUGCGACAUGUUGAAAUGCUCCAGCUGCCAAGCGUACCUCUGCGCCAGUCUCCAGCUGGCAUUCGACUUCAGCAAAUAUAAGGAGAGGUGCCUGGAGCUGCAGAAGGCCUUGUUGGGAGCUCACGAAAAAUUCUGCUUCUGGCCGGACAGUCCUUGCCCAGAUCGGUUUUCGGUGCUGCUGGUGGAAGAACCCCAUGCUCUCUGCAGCGACUUCCUAGAACGCUUCCGAAAUCUCUGUCAGCUGCAGCUUCAGCUGCCCUCCCUGAAGCCGGACAGUCUCAAAAACGUGUCCUUGACUGAAGACAAGGUCAGCUUUCUCUUGCAAUGGAUCGAGGAGAAGGAGAAGGAAGAGGAGGAGCACUGCAGAACCGAAGGCGAGAAGACAUCGGCCAAGCCGCCUUCGGACCUUCUUCAAGUCCACAUCACAGCUUCCAUUCUAGCCCUUUGCGGCUGGACCAGUAGUGCUCCCUCUGGCUCUGUCCGUCUGCCCUUGAUCAGCUGUUGCCGUUGCAUAAGGAAAGUGGGGCUGUGGAGUUUUCACCAGAUGGAGUCCACCGAGACCGAGCUGGAGAACCUCCCCAACGUUGGCCCUGUGGCCGAGAAACCCCCUCUGGGGCCCACCUCCUCCCCACGACGGAUGAUCACCCGGAGCCAGGACACGGGUGUCCCUCUGGGCUCGGAGCAGCACGAGAAGAGUCCGUCGCCAGUGAUCAGCCGCGCGAGGGGCGGGGACAGCUUCAGCGAGCACCCGGAGGCCGAAGCAGCCAGCCCCACCCCCCGGAGCCGGCCUGUGACCCGCAGCAUGGGCCACGGGGAAGCCUGCGGCCCAGGAGCUGAAGUCCCGUCCAGCCCCCACCGGAAAGCCAAGCGGCCACGCCUGUACUCCUCCAGCAGUUCCGACUCAUUGACCCGGGUUUUCUUCGACCCCCUGGCCCAACACCGUGACUGGUGUCCGUGGGUCAACGAGGUGAAAGAAGCAACAGGACUUGGAACCAAAGGGGACUCCCUGGAGGAGAAGGCAGACCGUGGUUGGCAGGUGGUCCUGAAAGUUCUUCAGGCUUCCAGGCAGUCAGAAAAGCCAGCCCACCUGGAGUCCGAGAGUCUCUCGACCAAAUCCCGCAAGGUCUUCCAGAUUUUCCGCCAGUGGGAAGCCGCCUGCUCCUCCUGAAGACCUGCCGACAGCAUCGGGACGGUGCAAAGUGGGCACAGCAGAAACAUGACCCAUUCGGUUAGCAGGAGGGACGUUGUGUAAGAGAAGAAGAGACCCAGGGAGGAAUAAUUACCUACCACCUCGCCGUGGCAAGUCUCACCCUCUUCCCCCAUCCACGGACAGAAGCAUGGGGCAGUCGCCCGCCUCCCACCAAAGAAGAGGCCUUACCUGCGGUGCGGAUCCUGGGAAAAAAAAUCCUUCUGCCCUUUCAAAGGCGGGCAGGGACACCCGAGCAUUUGUGAAACCCUUGCGCCGGUUCCCAGUUGCCGGGAGGCCUCCAGCAGCUGAACCCCGAGAAAUUCCCAUUUUUAAACUGAACCAGAUCUGUUCAGCAACAAGGUCGAGAAGAUCCCUUCCCACGGGAUCUCUUGGGUUCAUCCUCGGAGCUGAGUUCGGGUCUUGGCUUCCUUCCUCCUGCCCCUCUUCAGGGUGUGUGUGUGUGUGUGUGUGUGUGUGUGUGUGUGUGUAAAAUUUGUUGGGGGAGACCUGAUUGGACAUUCUCAUCACCAGCACAAAUAUCGGCCCCUGGCACUCCCUGCUGGGGUCGGACACCCCCCCACCCUCCCACCCCCGGUUAACGUGCUUCGCAUGAAAAUCCUUUGACUACCCGAGGAUUCAAAUAUGAGUAGAAAUCCUGGCCUGCUUGGGGCAACUAGGAUGGAAAUGGAACAACUUGUUUGACUUCUUAUUUUUAAGAGGGAAAAAGAGAAAGCUCUCCCAGAAUUCCCUGUGACGAUGUUGAGUCUCUCAUCUGGCCAAAACAUAAUAAUUUGACGCUCCUUCCCUGUUUCAUCAUUUGAAAGAUCGAAAAAUUGCUUUUCCUCCGCAGACAGGUGGGAAAAAUUGGAGAGAGCUUGCCUCAAAUCAGGGGUGUCCAACGUUGUCAGCUUUUAAGGCUGGUGGACUUCAACUCCCAGAAUUCCCUUAGCCAGCUUUUCAGGAUGGCCUUCAACUCCCAGAAUUCCCCAGGCAGCUUGGCUGGCUGAAGAAUUGUGGGAGUUGAAGUCCGCCAGCCUUAAAAGUUGACAAAAUUGGACACACCGGCCUUAAAUACUAAGUUGUGUAUGUGGGCAACCCCCUAAAACAUCAGAGGUGGUAGAUAUACAAUUGAGAGCUGUUUGACACCUGGAUAAGAAGCCCAUUUCAUGCCUAGCUGGACCCCUUGAUUAAGAAAAACCCACGUUCUAAUGUUUUGUGCGAUGUUUGUAUAAAAUAAAUAGCAGAAUCCAGGCCUA